CUGAUGAGCAGUUUGGGCGCAAGCCUUUCAAUCAGCAUAAAAACCUGCAAUCCGCCUUUCAACAGCGUUAGUGCAACCUGCAGUAUUGUGUGCGAAACAUGUUCUCCUGCUCUAGACUUCGCUCUGCGCUCUUGCUGGCAGCAACCUGCUUGUUCAUCCCGGCAGUUGCUGAUUUUGCAGAACAAGUGACCACCUGUGAUUGGUUCCCUUUGAACAUCCAUCGCCUAUCCUGCGAACAUGGCGUGAUCAACGUGCAGCAAUCUUUGUACGGUCGCUCCAGCGCGGCACUGUGCGCCGAGGGGAAAUCGCCGGAGGAGCUGGCUAACUUGCAGUGCGCUCGCCAAGGAACCGUGGACCACAUUAAGACAAGGUGCAACGGAAAAAUGACUUGUGAAAUGAUCAUGGAGGAUUUCCGCACCCCCGAUCCCUGUGCUGGCAUCGCUAAAUAUUUGCAGACCAACUUCACCUGCUUGCCUGCCAUUACGGUGUUGGCGUGUGAGUCAUCAGAGGCAGAUUUAUAUUGUGAUUUAGGAGAUGUCAUUUUGGUCUACGGCGCUGAUUACGGGCGACGCGACAGGACCACGUGCUCGUACAGAAGGGCGCCAGCGGAGAUAGAAAACACGGAAUGCUUCCACCCAACCGACCUUGUCGCCAAAAGGUGCGACGGUAAAACCAGCUGCAAGAUCCCUGCUAGCAAUGAGAUAUUUGGAGACCCCUGUGAAGGCACCUACAAGUACUUGGAGGUUGCUUACACGUGUAUACAACCUGGGACUAACCUCUCCAAUGGGAUGUAAAGGAGUCCUGGCAGUUUCACUCUAUUUCAAUAAACUAUUAAAUUAAGUCAA